AUGGCGGAAAACCUGCGGAGACUGGUCUCGCACGAGGCUUUACGGACGUUGCAGGCACAGUUAGACACCUGGCUGAGGGAGUACAACACAAACACAUGUGAUCAAAAUCUGAACUAUUGCCUCGAAAUCAUUGAACAAGUCGCCAAAGUGCAGGGACAGCUCUUUGGGAUCCUCACAACCGCAGCCCAAGAAGGAGGACACAAUGACGGAGUGGAGACAAUCAAGUCGCGCCUUUUGCCUUGGCUGGAGGCCUCCUUUACUGCUGCCUCCAUGGGAAAGCCCGUUGACAGCAGGGUCCCCUCUCUACAGGACACCUUUGAUAGGGAGAGACAUAAAGACCCUAUUCAGCGGGAUCGGGAAGCACAACUAGACUCCGACUUGAACGCAACCCGUAAUCAACUGAACAAGGUUCAAGACGAUCUGGCUGAAACUGAAAAGAAUCUUGAAGAAACCAGGAACAGAUCGGCCAUAUCCCUUCUGGCUGCAGAGGAGGAAAUAAAUCAGCUAAAAAAGCACUAUUCCCAAGCCCGCCUGGACGCUCAGUGCUUGCUGAGGCGCUGCAUCAACAACGCGGAGACCGUGCAGCGGAUCAUCUACAUCGCCACCGUGGAGGCGUUCCACGUAGCUAAAAUGGCAUUCAGACAUUUCAAGAUCCGUGUGCGGAAAUCGUUGACGCCGUCUUACGCUGGGUCCAAUGACUUUGAGAAUGCUGUUUCAGAUUAUGUCGUUUGUCAUCUUGAUAUGUAUGAUCCCCAAAGCAGUGUCAAUGAUGUGAUCCGAGCCAUGAAUAUCAAUCCCAAGAUUUCGUUCCCUCCUGAAGUUGACUUUUGCCUCCUCAGUGACUUUAUCCGGGAGAUAUGUUGCAUUGCCUUUUCGAUGCAGACCUUAGAACCGCCCCUAGAUAUUGCAUUUGGGGCCGAUGGAGAACUUUUUAAUGAUUACAAGUAUCGUCGCAGCUACGACUCGGACUUCACUGCCCCCUUGGUCUUGUAUCACGUGUGGCCUGCUCUCAUGGAGAAUGACUGUGUCAUUAUGAAGGGAGAAGCUGUCACCAGGAGAGGGGCUUUUUGGAAUUCGGUGCGGCCUGUAACUCGAUGUCGAAGCAGGAGUUUAAGUCCUAUCUGCUCCCGUAGCCGUAUUGGUCUAAGCACGAUAUCUCGAAGUCGGAGCCCUUCUCCAAUAAGAUGUGGAUUGUCAGGGUUUUAAAACCACCAGACACAUUCCUUUGCGGCAGUAUGUCAUCGUAACAGCGAAAUUCCCGGUGCCUUCAUCUGCCUGCUGUGUCUGCCUCAGACCUCACUUAAGAUAAUGUGAAAAGGCAAUUCUGUGUAUCACUCCACACAGAGAGUUAAAUGUUUUGGCUUAGUGCAUUUGUAACUUUAG